CCGGCCCGGCCCGCCCGGGCGCUCUCCCACGCCAUGGCGUGCCGGCAGGAGCUGCAGCCUUCGUGCCCGCCGCCCGCCGCCGGCGGCGCGGCCAGCUACGACUAGCUGGUGAUCGGGGGCGGCUCGGGCGGGCUGGCCAGCCCGCGCCGGGUGACAGAGCUGGGCGACCGGGCCGCCGUGGUGGAGUGCCACAAGCUGGGCGGCACCUGCGUGAAUGUCGGAUGUGUACCCAAAAGGGUAAUGUGGAACACAGCUGUCCACUCUGAAUUCAUGCAUGACCACGUUGAUUAUGGCCUACAAAGUUGUGAGAGUAAAUUCAAUUGGCGGGUCAUAAAGGAAAAGCGGGAUGCCUAUGUGAGCCGCCUGAACACCAUCUAUCAGAAUAAUCUAACCAAGUCCCACAUAGAAAUUGUCCGCGGCCACGCAGCAUUCACGGGUGAUCCCCAGCCCACAGUGGAGGUCAGUGAGAAAAAAUAUACUGCUCCUCACAUCCUGAUCGCCACAGGUGGCGUGCCCUCGCUUCCUCCGGAGAGCCAGAUCCCUGGUGCCAGCCUAGGAAUAACCAGUGAUGGGUUUUUUCAGCUGGAAGAGUUGCCUAGCUGCAGUGUCAUUGUUGGUGCCGGUUACAUUGCUGUGGAAAUAGCUGGGAUCCUUUCUGCCCUAGGUUCUAAGACAUCACUGAUGAUACGGCAUGAUAAGCUGCUUAGAAAUUUUGAUUCAGUAAUCAGUUCCAACUGUACUGAAGAGCUGGAGAACGCUGGCAUAGAGGUGCUGAAGCACUCGCAGGUCAAGGAAGUUAAAAAAACUUCUUCCGGCCUGGAGCUCUGCAUGGUUACUUCAGUUCCUGGUAGGAAACCCACUUUGACCACCAUUCCAGACGUUGACUGUCUGCUCUGGGCCAUUGGACGGGACCCAAACUCCAAGGGCCUGAAUUUAAACAAACUGGGGAUUCAAACUGAUGACAAAGGUCAUAUCAUUGUAGAUGAAUUCCAGAAUACUAACGUAAAAGGUGUCUACGCAGUUGGGGAUGUGUGUGGAAAAGCUCUUCUUACUCCAGUUGCGAUUGCUGCUGGCCGAAAACUUGCCCAUAGAUUUUUUGAAUGCAAAGAAGAUUCCAAAUUAGACUAUGACAACAUCCCCACGGUGGUCUUCAGCCACCCCCCUAUUGGUACAGUGGGACUCACAGAAGAUGAGGCCAUUUAUAAAUAUGGAAAAGAAAAUGUGAAGACUUAUUCCACCACCUUUACCCCAAUGUAUCAUGCAGUUACCAAACGGAAAACAAAAUGUGUGAUGAAAAUGGUUUGUGCCAACAAAGAGGAAAAGGUGAUUGGGAUCCACAUGCAGGGAAUUGGAUGUGAUGAAGUGCUGCAGGGUUUUGCGGUCGCGGUAAAAAUGGGAGCAGCAAAAUCCGACUUCGAUAACACUGUUGCCAUUCAUCCUACCUCUUCAGAAGAACUGGUCACACUUCGUUGAGAACCCAGAGACUCGUAUGGCUGGUGGCUGGACCAGUAGACCUUCAGAAAGGAACCAAAUCAUCACGUUUACUUACCGUUCCCAUUUUAUGUUAUUUCUUUAUUGUAAUCAGCAUC